AUGCCCACCCAAGCCACAAAGUCAAAAAAAGAAGAUGCCUACAUGUCCCUGAUGAGAGGCUUGAAAGAGCUGGACCUCCACGGCCCCUGUGUUCCCAGUGACCUUGUGCUGACUGGAGACCAUGCCUUUCCUUUAGCGAUGAACAGCCGAGGCCAGGUCCUGAUGGCAGCCUCUCUGUACGGCCGUGGAAGGAUUGUGGUCCUGGGUCAUGAGGGAUACCUGACCACUUUUCCUGCUCUGGUAGAGAACGCUCUGACCUGGCUGAGAGGAGAUGGAUCUGACAACCUGUCUGUGGGGGUCCACAAUAAGGUCAAGGCAGUCGCUGAUAACCUCAGCAAAUCCAGCUUCCAAGCCAAAGUUGUGGGGGCCUUUGGUGACAGUCGGGAUGUUGGUGUGUAUGUGACAGAUGCCUACAGCGUGGGUGGAGAAGUGAAAGAUCUUGUGGCAUUUCUGAAAGCUGGAGGUGGAAUUCUGAUAGCAGGGCAGGCGUGGAAUUGGGCUUCAACGUACCCGAAGGAGAACACAAUUCUACAAUUUCCAGGGAAUAAAGUGUGUGGUGUGGCAGGAAUCUACUUUACUGCGCAUUAUGGGAAGGUAGAGAUCCUGCCUGUCUACCCUCAGAUCCCAUCCUCAUGGAUGGCUUUACGUGUUGAUGAGGAUUUUAAGGAUGACCUGGAUUUCUUACUCCAGGGGGUUUCAGAGUUUGACCUCACCGAUGGUAUAGUAGCUUCUGAGGCACUGGUCCACGGCCCGUUAGCCUUCCCCAUUGGUACCACUGAGGAUGGACGGGCAUUCCUGGCAGGAACCUACUAUGGGCAGGGUCGAGUUAUUGUGAUCACACAUGAAUAUCCUCUGAAAACAAAGAAACUGGCUUCGUUUUGGAACAAUGCCAUUAAUUGGUUGGACCAACGCCGGAAGGGGGUCAUUGGUGUCGAACCAUACAACAAACUACUGAGCGAGUCAGGGUUAAUAUUUGAAGAGAUGGAGUUCAGGAAAGACCUGAGUGUAUUUGUUUGUACAGUGUACAAAGACCAUGAUGUGAAGGAAAUCCAAGACUUUGUAGCAGAGGGAGGAGGUCUGCUGAUUGCUGGGCAUGUGUGGAACUGGGCAUAUACCAACUUGGGGCUUAACCCAAUGAAAGAUUUCUCAGGAAACAAGAUCCUGAACACAAUGGGCUUGAGCUUGUUGCCGGCAACAAUUGGUGAAGGUUCCUACAAGGCUCCUGUUCCAACCCAGGCCAAGAAAUACAACGACCACUUCCGCAAUCUUCUCUGUCGUUUUGCUGGUCAUGUUAUCCAGGGCGAAGAACUUACCGAGCAUGAGGAGAAACACCUUCAAAAACUGGGUGUGGAUUCUACCAACUUCUUGAACAUGAAGGCUUAUGACAGCUACUUCUACACACAGGUGCUGUCCAUUCUCACUGACAUGCUGAAGUCCGGCUUCCCACAGGUGAGUGACAAGAACCCUGUGAAGAAUCCCAAAGACCAACUACUCCUCCGUUUGGGUACAGAAGUAUAUGAUGUGUCACCACAUCCUGAUGCUCUCCUGCCGUACCUCAUCAAGGAAAAUCCUUUUGUCAAAAACCAGAAGAUCAGGAUUAAUGUUAACACGGCAGGUGGGCAUGAGUGGAUCAGUACAGGUCUGUACCUCUUUCCUGGUAUGAAGACAGAGAUGAUCAUACCAGCAAACAUCGUCAACCAGAACUGGAAGAUCCAGAUAGGUUGUCAAACAGAUUACCUGAAAAAAAAGUUGAAGAGAGCACCGUGUGUUCAUAAGCAAUUCUUAAUUACCACAGAGAAGAUGCAGGUGUUGAACCUGUGGGGGGGACUCAUCUACCUGGUGGCUCCACCCAACACAAAGGUGGAGGGGGCAGAGGUCAUAGUACAGACGGCUGUGCGUGCUCCUUAUUACAAGUCUGAUGAGACAACAUUAGCUGCUUGGUCGUUGCUGCGCACAGCUCCCUCACCCUGGGCAGAGUUGGAGUUUGACAACAUCAUCCUCACUGUACCAUCAGAUGUUGUUCGAGAGCUGGAGCGCCCUGAUGAGGUGGCAGCGCUUUGGAAUGACAUCAUGAAGGGCAUUGCAGAUCUGGCUGCCAUUCCACAAAAAUUUGCCCGGAAAGAACGCUUUGUAGCAGAUGUGCAGAUUUCUGCUGGUUGGAUGCAUUCAGGCUAUCCUAUCAUGAUACAGACACCUUCAGCUGCUGAGCUUUUCAGACCAUAUGAUGCCAGGACCAAAGGCUUGUGGGGAGAAGUCCAUGAAAUGGGACACAACCAACAGAGAAGCUGCUGGGAGUUCCGACCACACACCACAGAGGCCACAUGUAACCUGUGGUCAGUGUAUGUGCAUGAAGAGGUGCUGGGGCUCAACAGGGAAAAGGCUCAUCCAUCUAUGACCUUAGCAAAUCGGAAGAAAACUGUUGAGGAGUACGUUGAGGGGGGCAAGAAACUCAGCAGCUGGAACGUGUGGGUGGCCUUGGAGACAUACCUGCAGCUCCAAGAUAAGUUUGGCUGGGAUGCCUUUAAGAAGGUAUUUGCUGCCUACCACAAGAUGAGCAACUUUCCCAAGGACAACGAUGGGAAGAUGAACCUGUAUGCUGAGACUUUCUCCCAGACUGUGGGGAUGAACCUGUCUGGAUUCUUUAAGGCCUGGGGCUGGCCCAUUGAAAGAGCCACUGAGGAGAAACUCUACAACCUGCCUCCCUGGACUGACCACCCCAUGGUCCAAUAUGGCUGAACUUCAGACUGCAGCUGAUUAAAAUGCAGAGAGAUGGGUGUUAGUUUAUCAACACAGUCAAAGUAAAAGCAUAUCAAUAUUCUUUAUAACAAAUUAAAAAUAUUUACAUUACACUUCUAAUUCUAAAUUAUCGUUCCUCUAAAAGUAAAUGUCCAAUUUAAAGCAGUAUAAUACUGCUGGUUGGUUGUAAAAUCAAUCCUGUGAGCUGACACAUGCGUAGAGCUGAGGAGUCGGGUGAUCGUUUUCUCUUUGGGUUCAUCACGAUGAGCAACUCCUUUCACUUACGCAGUCAUUUGGCCCAUUGUUAAUAUACAAAUGUUGAUCAUAGCAGCUUUAAAUCUUUU